AUGACUAUGAUUGGCAACCUGAUAAAAUUUGGUAGAAGGCAGCUUCACACAAUCAUCUCUAAAGAAAUCAUCAAACCCUCUUCCCCGACCCCUUCUCAUCUCAAAACAUACAAUCUUUCCUUACUCGAUCAAGCCCUCGUCAACACGUUCCAACCAUUUGUUAUAUUCUACCCAAACACUGGGAUUUAUCCAACUUCCCAUGACAAAAUAACUCCCUUGAAGAAGUCCUUAUCUGAAACUUUAACCAAGUACUACCCUUUUGCUGGUAGGUUAGCCAAGGUGGCACCAUCCUUUGUAGAUUGCAACGACCAAGGAGCUGAGUUUCUUGAAGCUUCCAUUGAUAGCUCGCUCUCUGAUUUCCUUAAAACCUCGCAGCAUCAAGAUCUCGACCAAUUCUUUCCACAUGGUCUCGUAAAUCAAAGAUCCAAUCGUCCAGAUGAUGAUCAUCUUCAAAGCAACGGAGUGAUCCCGCUGGCUGUUCAGGUCAACCAUUUUGAAUGCGGAGGAUUAGCAGUGGCUAUGUCGUUGUCCCACAAGAUAGCCGAUGGAAGCAGUUUAAUUCAUUUUCUAAAAGACUGGGCUAAAACGACACAAUUUUGUUCCAGAGAGCAGAAGCAUGAACUUCUUCCCAACGACGACGACCCCAAGUUUAUUCAUUUUGAAUACACGAAUCUAAAUUUUAAUGGGAUUUCUCUUGGAUCCGAUGAAUGUGUUACAAAGAGUUUCAUGUUCCCUAACGCCAAGAUAAACGAUUUUAAACUCAAAGUCAAAGCCAUGAGUGAAGAAUCUGGACAACCCAUCACGAACCCUACUCGUGUUGAAGUUUUGACAUGGCUGCUUUAUAAGUCUGCAGUGGCAGCAGCUACGAAAAACUAUUCAGGCUCUGAUUUCAAACCCAUGGGUGUUAGUCAUCAAACAAACAUAAGAGGCAGAUUGAUGGAACAGUUGCCUGAAAAGAGCAUCGGAAAUUUCCACUUAGCCAUUGAUAUUGUAAGUGAAAUGAAGCCGGAGUCAUUCAUCAGUGAGUUCAAGAAGCAAAAGCUGAAAUUUGAUGGCCUACCAGAUAUCCAUACCACUUUUGGUUAUCUUUUCGGAAUUCCUUUAGAAGAAACACAAAGAAAAUUCGAUGGUGCGUAUAUCUUUACAAGCAUGUGUGGGUAUUCUACAUAUGAGAUUGAUUUUGGGUGGGGAAAGCCUGUAAAAGCAACCGUGGCCGGAGAUCUAAGGAAGAAUAGCUUUAUAAUGAUGGAUGCCCCAAACAGGGAUGCCAUUGAAGUACUUGUGUGUUUGGGAAAGCAAGAUUUGGCCGUUGUUCAAAGUGACCAUGAACUUGCCUUUUGCGAUUAG